AUGUCUAUCAUUGAAAGGACCAAUCCGCUGAAUCUGCAGUACAAAGUCUGCGUCGUAACUAAUGCUUCUACACCGCUCGGUGUCGUGAUCUGCAAAACGCUACUCAAAGCAAAUGCCCUCGUCCUAGGCAUCGACAAGAAUGCUCGAGAUCACUCACUGAACGCAGGCCUUGGAACUCACUUUCAGUUCGAACAACGAGACCUCAAUGACCCGGAGACUCCAAAAGAAAUCAUCGCAGCUUCAGUGAAGAAGUUCGAUAGCUUGGGCGGUAAAUUCGAUGCUCUUGUAAAUCUGGUUGGCGAAGAUGGAACGGACUUGGAUGGUAUCAGUAAUUUGACCCAAGGACUUGGAGAUGUGAUCAAAGAAGCGGGACAAGGGUCGAUUAUCACUGUUCCAGGAAAUGUCGAGGGUAGCGAUGAAGACCGAAGUCGAGCGAUUACCAAUUUCACGAAAGACAUUACACAGCGAUUCCAAGGCACGGCCAUCAGAACUAAUAUGAUCGUGCCAGAAACUACAAACGCUGAAAGUCAAGACUCUGCCAGGCCCUACGAAGAAGCGAAAUCUCACAUGACCGCACUCAUCAAAACAGAAAGAUCUGCGAAGGAUGCACCUGACGCCAAAGCGCCCCCGCCACGAUUCUAUGAGGUUGGCAAUCUUGUGUUGUUCUUAGCCGGGGGCAUGAGUGAAAACAUCUCAGGUCAAGCUGUGAGCCUCGAUGGCUCACAUCGAGAAUUGUAA